GGUCACGCUGUCGUCGGAUUAUAGUCCUAAGAGGAAAAUAGUUUUUUUUUUCAUUGUUACUUGAUGCUUAGAUUUACUAUUUAGGUGUCGGGAAAAGCUGCUGCUAGCAGGGGAGGUGUAGAAAGCAAUAUGGAGGCUGCUGAUCCUGAAGGAUGUAAUACAGAUCAUCCUGAUAGUGAGAGCCACAGCAAACCAGACCUAGUGCUGAGUAAAGAGCAGAAGUACAGGACAGCAAUGGCGGAGUCUGAGAAACUGGCGCUGUUGGCCAGUGAGGUCACCAUGGUGAUAUACAAGCAACGACUGGCAGUGCUCCAAAACCUGGUCAAAAUCUGGGAGGAGGAGAAACAGGUGUCUCCUGUAUACUGUUUUCAAAAGAUUUCCACUGCACAAACCAGUCCUGAGGGUGUAGGUGACUCACUAGAUGGCGCUUCAUCACCCAUUAAACUCAACACAGUUAUAAAACAAGAACUGGACAAUGAUGAUGUAUCAUAUAAUGACCAGAGUGAUGGCAUCUCAUCUGUAGUGUUACCAACUCCAACUCCUACCAUGUUAGUUCUUAACUCCUCCACCAGAGGGCCCCAGUUACCUGUCCCAACCAAUGAGAUUGCCCAGGAGAGAAUUCCCAUUGGUGAGAACUUGUACAAAUGCAAUCAUUGUGAACUUGUGUUCUCACAACAGACAGCAAUGCUUCGGCAUGAAAAAAUCCACACAGCUAAAAAUCACAGGUUCAACUUCAAUAGGCAGCAUUGUGGGAAGGCUGUACAUGAUGCAGCGCCACACAGUGGCAGAUAUAAAUGUCAGUACUGUGAGCUUACAUUUCGCAAGAUGAGUUCUCGUAUAUACCAUGAAACGACCCAUGCAGGUGCCACGCCCUUCAAGUGCCAGCUCUGUGAUAAGGCAUUUAGUGAUCGUAGUCACUGUAUAAGCCAUGAGAGAACACACGCAGACAUCAAACCUUUUUUAUGUCAGCAAUGUGGGGUGACAUUCUCAAAGAGAGAGGAAUAUUUAAAACAUGAGGAGUCACACGCCACCCCACACCCAUAUAUAUGUCAGUACUGUAGCAAGUUAUUCAAUGAUGAAACGGAGCAUACCUUUCAUGAGAUGACACACACAGGGGACGAGCCCUAUGAAUGCCAUCAUUGCGGAACCAGUUUUAAAACCAAGAUAAACUGCAUUGAGCAUGAAAGAACCCACACUACCAAAGCAUACAAGUGCAAGUUCUGUCGGAAGACAUUUAAGUAUCAGAAGAACUGUUUUACACACGAGAAGUCUCACCUUGACUUCUUUCCAUUUAGAUGUAAUUACUGCAAGAAGUCGUUUUCCAGCCAUGAGGAGAAGGAAUCUCACGAAGCGAGUCACACUGGAGAUACUCCAUACAAAUGCCGUUACUGUGAUUUAACAUUUCAAGCAAAGCGCGCCUGUAUGGACCAUGAGAGGACGCACCCUGACGAAAAACCCUUCAAAUGUCGGUACUGUGAAAAAAUGUUUGUCUACGAAUACAUGUGCAUGUGGCACGAACGAAAACACACGGGAGAAAAACCCUACAGGUGCCGCCACUGCAGCAGAACAUUCAGAAUGCAGAGAAGGUGUGUAGAACAUGAACGGACUCACACCGGCGACAAUCCGUACAAAUGUAAAUACUGUGAACGAAACUUCCCUUACAGGAGCAUGUGUGUCACGCAUGAGAGAACACACACGGGGGAAAAACCUUAUCACUGCCAGUACUGCAACAAGGACUUCGCAAGAAACGAUUCUAGAAUAAUCCAUGAGAGGAUUCACAGUGGUGAAAAACCUUUUAAGUGCCGUUUUUGUGGCAGUGUGUUUGCGCAUAAAAAUUCAUGCAUGGUACACGAGAGAACGCACGGUGUUGAAGAACCAGUUCCGAAACCCCAGUCAAUGUCGCAUCUAGAUAGGCCGGCCCAAGAAGUGGGGGUAGUUUCUGUCGUUAAGGAGACAUUUCUCUGCCAGUUUUGCAACAAGUCGUAUACAGAUCAAGCGGAUCAUUCUUUCCACGAGAUGACACACACUGGGGACAGACCUUACGAGUGCCGCCAUUGCAGAGACACAUUUGAAUCCAAGGCAAGCUGUGUGGAACAUGAAAGUAGUCACCACACUGCCAGGAGGUCAAAGACGUACAAAUGUAGAUUUUGUGACAAGGUGUUCUCCAGAAAUAUGAGAUGUGUGCAGCAUGAAAGAACUCACACUGGUGAAAAACCUUUCCAGUGCCAGUACUGCUGCUUGAGGUUCACUAACAAGAAACCAUGUGUUGAUCAUGAAAAAACCCACACUGGAGACGCACCGACAUUUGAAUGCCAGUUCUGCAAAAAGAUCUUCCCUCGAAAAGAUCACUGUAUAAUUCACGAACGAACCCACACUGGAGAAAAGCCAUACAAAUGCAAGCACUGCAGUAUAACAUUCACCAAUGCCAGUAACUGCCGCCGCCAUGAGUCCACUCACUUCGAUAAAACUCCCUUCAAAUGUGAAUUCUGUAAAAAAUCGUUCACUGAGGAAAGUCACUUCACACUACACAUGGGCAAACACACCAGUGAUGGCAAGUUUAAAUGCGGGUACUGCAGCAGUGCCUUUAAAUAUCUCAGUAAGUGUAAACAGCAUGAGCGGACGCACACGGGCGAGAAACCAUACAAGUGUCGGCACUGUGACAGCGCUUUCACUAGGAACGACUCCCUGGCGCGCCAUGAGAAGACGCACGCUGGGGAACUCAACUAGGCCUAUAGGUGUCACCACUGUGAGCUGGUAU